AUGGCAGAACAUCUGCAAAUUGGGGCCCUUUUCGAUGUGAAGGGCCGAUGCGUGGCAGUCACUGGUGGAGCAUCUGGGAUAGGGCUCAUGAUCUCGCGAGGUUGUGUGGCUAAUUCAUGCAGCGUCAUUCUGAUUGAUGUUAAUGAAGAGGCUCUUUCAAAGGCAAAGCUUGAGCUGGAGAAAAUAAUCAGCUCUUCAAGCUCUAAUCCCGCUCAAGUCCAAACAAUCCACGGUGAUCUUUCUACAGAAGGUGGAGUUCAAGCCGUGGUGGAAAAUGUCAAGUCAAAGGUCCAGUGUCUAGAUACGUUAAUUCACUGUGCCGCGAUUCGGUACAUGAACAACACAGCCUAUAAGCCCGGUGAAACUCUCGAGCAACUUGAAUCAGCGACAUUAUCUGCGCCUUACAGUGGCUGGGAGCACACUAUGCGACUAAAUGUUCUUGCACCAUACUUCCUAACGGCCGGCCUUAUCUCAUUGCUCGGCAAGGCUGCCGCGAAGGGGGGCGGAAGAGGAAGCGUCAUUCUAUUCAGUAGCCCCGCAAGUGUACACAAUAAUCAGUUUGUUCCAUGCUACCAGACGUCGAAAGCGGCCGUUGAUCAUCUGGUACGCAUUAUGGCGAUGGAAUUUGCCGACUUUUACAUUCGCGUGAAUGGCAUGUCGCCUGGGAUUGUACCUUCGGGAAUGACAACCAAUGACAGCAAUUCUAACAUUCAUCUCGUUAAUGAGACCCCAGCAAAACGAGCGGGAACAGAAGAAGACAUGGUCAGCUGUGCGCUUUGGCUCAUGAGUAAAGCCGGAGAGUUCAUGGACGGAAAGAUGACUCGUAUUGAGGGUGGACGGUUAUUAGUUCUCAAGGGUGUAACAUCAAAUUCAGACUAG